ACUCAAUCAAGACGACUGCAAUUUCUCUAACAAUGACUUUGAUGACAUAGGCCACCUUUUUGCAUUAUAUCAUAAUUAGUUACUGCUUAAGCUUUGCGAUCUUCGCGCGAUUUUCACCGUGUACAGCACUAUCAACACGGCACCUAUCAAAGGUCUCAGCUACCCCUCAUAUCCCACCCAUGGGUACACCGUAACCUGGCCUCACCAUAUGCAAGCUUGUGACCUUGUGUGAAAUAUAGCUCAGUAAGCUACACUGCCUAUCGGCCGUCAAUAAUGGCCUCCGAAAUGCCUCAGGAGUAUCUCUUCGAUGAUGGCUACCAAUUCUCAGAGGAACAGGCAGACGCCAUUAUCCGAACCACCUCCUACCAUCGUAAAGACUUCGAUCUUGCCGUCAUAUGGUUUUCAGAACGUGAGCACCAAGGCAUCCGCACGUCGAUAUCCACGUCAUUCCAGAGGCCGUCUACAAGCCCUGCCCCCCUCGGUCGGCUACCUCAAGAGCUGCUCAAUAACAUAUUCUUAAGCCUUGAUAUGCACUCACUCAUCAAAUGUCGACAAGUGGACCUACGGCUAAGACAGGCGGUAGAUUCUCUCCCAGAGUAUCAAGCCAUAUCCACUCAUGCACUAAACGCUCUAUGCGCCUUGUUACGCACGCGGCUUGCCCAUAACGUCUCCCUCUUCGACUUUUACCAAGCACUAUGCACAAAGAACUGCUCACUCUGUCGCCGGUUUGCUGGGCUCAUCUUCCUCCCAACCUGGCGUCGAUGCUGCUUCAUAUGUCUCACGCUAGGAUCUACAGAGUUUCAAAUGCACACGGUUCCUGCUAUCCAGGAACAGUUCCCUCUAGACACGGAGGCAAUCAGCAAACUUACAUCAUUUGAGACAUUGCCAGGGACAUACUCGAUGAAAGAAUAUGUUCAGAGAGACCGCAUUACUAUCGUUCCCGUUGAGCAGGCAAUGCGAGCUUCCGGAGGAGAUAAAGAGGCACUUCUACGACCUGGGCCACCUUGGUUUCCACAAAAUCCCAAAUUGGCAUUCAUGGCAUCGUGUGCACUUCCAUACUACGAUAGGCAGAAUAAAACGGUCGAAUACGGAAUUUCCUGUGCUGGGUCCCAACUUGCUAUUGACAAGGGCAACGCCCGCGGUAUGGCAUUGAAAUUUGCUUACAUGGCCCGAGACUUGGUAUACACGAAGGACGGAUUUUUAGAGCACUUUAAAGAGUGUCGGGAGGCGCAGCUUUUGUGGAAGUCGAGCAAGGAAGGCUCUAUAGAGCCGCCGGAGUUACCCCAGAUAGCAAAGGAUGGUGGCUACUUGAAACCUAGAGAAUGAUAUAAAGAUAUGUGAAGUUGGUCCUAUAUCUACCACUGUAAUUGAAGUUACUCUGUCUUCUAUAAUCUAGCCGUCUUGAUUGUAGUAUUUGAUCCAUGUAAAUACUAUAUAUAGCCUCAUUUCAUCUCGCUACGGGAAUUAAGAAGGCGAUCUAGUUUUUAUACACAGGCAACUAAAACAAAAUAAAGCGGGCGGAAACCCAAUACACACUAG